GCUUAUUCGGGUCACCAUCAUCAGAGAUGCAGACGUAAAUUAUGUACAAGCGAGACUAGGCAACAACCUUUUCAAGGACCACGUUCGUUACCCUUCAAAACAGAAGUCAGACCUUUUUUUUCACCCCCCACCAUCGCCUACUUACUGGUUCUGCAAGCAUGCGUUCCUCCGCCGCUAUCCUUUUGGCCUCUAUCGCAUCGGCUUUUGCCUACGAGGUCACCUCUCCAGGUGAAGGCGAGAAUUGGACAACUGCUGGACCCAACACCUUGACGUGGCAGCGCGUUGACACCGACCCAUUGAACUUCACGGCUGUGUUGACCAACGAGGACUUGCAGGUCGCCAUGCCACAGGGUCCUCAGGUCCUCAACGCACUCGUUGACGGAACCUUGGGCUCAAUCGUCUGCAACGCUCCCAGUGGAGGUUGGCCUACGGGCUCUGGCUACCGUGUCAACUUUGCUGCAAAUGCUGAAAAUCUUGACACCUUGCUUGCUCAGUCCAACCAAUUCAACAUCAACUCGUCUUCUUCUUCUUCGACGACAACUUCUACCACAACAACUGGCACUGGCACUACCUCUUCUUCCUCUGGGGCUACCGCAACAACUCCGACUACUGCUGCAGGGUCUUCCACCACCUCGGAUACUAGCACAACCCCUUCUAGUACUAGCGCAGCCAUGCUUGGAAUGAAAGUGGAGACAGGUUUCCUGACCGCCGUUGCAGCCUUCGCUGCCUUUAUUGCCACUCAUUUCUGAACAUUUGCGUAAAAAUGGAUUAUACUCGGAUACUCGGAUAUUUUCUCUUCGCGUAGUGAUUUUUUUGGGUUUGCAUCAUGAUAAUGGCUGCUGUGAUAUGGACAUUUUCCUGAUACCCUUUUACCUCGUUGCACCGAUUCAUUCUUCAUUAUUGUAUCGUACAUUGUUCUCGCCUUGCUCUCGAGAUCUGUCGAUAGUCAUAAUCAGCGGUAGCUUUUCACCACCCAUUGGGUGGGGUUGGUAGUCUCCCAUUUCCGAGUCAGACGUCGUUCCUCCUUUUCCC